GUCCGUGGCCGAAGCCACCGAGGUGGAUCUGAACAUGCGUGUGGGUCUGCACACGGGGAGGGUGCUCUGUGGCGUGUUGGGUCUCAGGAAGUGGCAGUAUGACGUGUGGUCCAACGACGUGACGCUCGCCAACGUGAUGGAGGCCGGAGGUCUGCCCGGGAAGGUGCACAUCACUCGCUCCACGCUGGAGUGUCUGAACGGAGAUUACGAGGUGGAGCCGGGGAACGGCCGCGAGAGACACUCCUUCCUGCUCAAACACGACAUCGAGACCUUCUUCAUAGUGCCAUCUCACCGCAGGAAG